GACAGUGACUUGGGACUGCCACCUAUAUAAGUUGUAACACAUCUGUUUCCCCAGGCUUUGUCUCAGUCUGCUGCUGCCGCCUGAUAACCAGCCAUGAUCCUCCAGGCUGCUGUGCUCGGUGUCUUCCUCUGCUCCGUGCACAGUUUUACCAUACAGGACUCUUCUGAAAAGGGUGACGAGUCGUCUGGCAACAACAACGAGGAUGAGGAUCUCGGUAUCUCCACGCUGUUAGAGAAGGCCAAUGUUAAUGUUGGAAAGAACUUUGACGAUCCUCUGGUGAUGUAUGGAGACAUAGCAGUGCCAGACGGUUUCCAGAACGCCGAUCCCUGCACAGCACGAGGCUGCCUGUGGCCUAAAGCCACCGAUGGCAACGUCUACGUACCCUACCGCAUCUCCAACCAGUACUCCUCCCGUGAGAAGGCCAUCAUCACCCGUGGACUGGAGUCCUUCUCUUCCUUCUCCUGCAUCCGCUUCAGGCCCAGCAGGAGCAGCGACCGCGACUGGCUGAGCAUCGAGUCCAAGGACGGCUGCUACUCCUACGUCGGCCGUCGUGGUGGUAAGCAGGUGGUGUCUCUGGCCCGUCGUGGAUGCCUCUACCAUGGAACCAUCCAGCACGAGCUGCUCCACGCUCUGGGCUUCAACCACGAACAGACCCGCAGUGACAGGGACAACCACAUCAAAGUCCUGCUGCAGAACGUUCAGUCUGGAAUGGAGCACAACUUCAGGAAGAUCGCCACCCUGAACCAGGGCACUCCCUACGAUUACAACUCUGUCAUGCAGUACCACAAGUAUGCCUUCUCCAAGAACAACCAGCCCACCAUGCUCCCCAUCCCUAACAACAACGUGUCCUUUGGCAACGCUAAGGAGAUGAGUCGCAACGACAUCGCCAGGCUCAACACACUCUACGGCUGCUAGGAAGCCCGUUCAGAUGUGCUGACAGACAGAUCAGAGGGAAGACUGAACAACAGAAGCUGCGGACUUCAACUCAUCAGCACACCAGUCAUGAUCAAACUAUAAAGUUACUCUGAGUGAAA